AUGGCUCCUGCCUUUACCUCGCCUCUAACGUUUCCCACUACCGGCUUCAAAGAAAUUGAUGCCUCUACACCAAUUGAGGAAGAGAAACUUCCAACCUACCAGCCCGAACACUACUACCCGGCUACCCUAGGGCAGGUUUUGCAGGACAGAUAUCAGAUUGUAGGAAAAGUAGGCUAUGGGGGUUCGUCUACAGUUUGGCUUUCGCGUGACUUGGCGAAGCGCCAACAUGUCGUCUUGAAAAUCUGUGUCAACCAUUCUAAUAAAGCAAACAAUGAGCUUGAUAUUUACAAGUACCUUGAGUCCGUGUAUCCCAUGGCCGAAGGUUUCCUAGCCAGGGACCUGCACAGAAAGCUCUACGAUUCAUUUGAACUAGAAGGCCCGCAUGGCCCGCAUAUUUGUCUUGUACACCAGCCUCUUGGGCUGAGUCUAAUGCAGAUUCUUGAUCUCAUCCCUUCACAAACAUUACGAAUAGAAUCUAUAAAAGGCUCCUUGCGGCAGAUCAUAGCGUCGUUAGACUUUCUACAUCAAGCAAGAAUAGUGCAUACAGACUUGCAGGCUCGGAACUUGCUCAUAGAUAUUGAUAGCCCUGAAGUAUUCACGACCUUCGAAAAUGCUGAACUACAAACACCCGUGCCUAGAAAGGUCCUAGAAGAUCGUACCAUUUAUAUGAGCCGAAGGAUUCCACUUACUGAGAAAUUUCCUCUUAUUACCGAUUUUGGAGAAGCACAUAUUUUUGGAGAAAAUGAAAAAUUUCCAUGGGAGGAUGUAAUGCCAGAUGUUUAUCGAGCACCUGAAAUCGUGUUGCGGAUGCCAUGGGAUACCAAGAUUGACAUUUGGAGUGUGGGUAUGGUGUGUUGGGAUCUAGUAUCCAGCACCACCCUAUUCAAUGCCCGGAACAAUGAGAGACUUCUUGAUGACUCCAUUCACAUUGCGGAAAUGAUCGCCAUCAUGGGCCCUCCUCCAAAGAUAUUUCUAGAACAAAGCAAAAUGGGCCGCAUUUGGUGGGAUGAGCAGGGCAAGUGGACAGGUCCUGCUCCCAUCCCUACUCACUCGCUGGAAGAACUUGCAGAUAAAAUCAAAGGCGAGGACAAAGAAGGUUUUCUGCGAUUUCUUCGGCGGAUUUUAAAAUGGUCACCGGAAGAACGGCCUAAAGCUAACGAAAUCUUAUACGACCCGUGGUUAAUGAAGGGCUUAGGUAAAUAG